GUCACGCAGCGGCCGUGCAGGGAGAAAAGGAGUUAACGUUUCAGGUCCGGGACUCUUCAUCUGAUCUCUAGUCUGAGUUAUUUUCGCGCAAACCAUAUUUCUUUCCGCUGGGGUGUAUACGGUGGAAUCAUUGUGCUCCUCUUUUCUCCCGCUGAUGAGUGCCGGAUCUUAAUUGGCGUUACUCCUGUUUCAGGCGAGCAGGAUCUUUACCCACGUUGCACAGAGGCACUGGUUGCCGUGGAGACGGCUGUGGCUGGUCCUGGGCAGAAGGAGAGAUCAAGGCACGGGCACCAAAGAAGUCGUUUUCAGACCCAUGAAGAGCGCAGAGCACGGCCAUAAAUCAGGUGGCAUGAAAUCGGAACGUAAAAUUAACACUGUAAAAGAAAAGGCAGUCCCAACCAAUGAAGAUUUAGUAAAUGCUGAAGAUCUUGAACUAGAGAACAGGAACAACUUUCUUAGCAGUGUGCUCAAAGGAGAUGCUGAGAACCUACGCAAGUGUUUCGUAGAUGCAGAUGAUCCAAAUCAUGAAAAAACGUAUCAAUUGUUAAAUAUACAUGAUGAUAUUGGCAGAAAUGCUCUCUUUGCAGCUGCCAUGCUAGGUCAUUCUGAAGUUAUUCAAGAGUUGGUGACACGAGGAGCAAAUGUGAAUGAGCAAACCAAUCGAGGCUAUACCCCUUUACAUUGUGCCGCUGCAUGGGGGAAACAAGAGAGCCUAAAAACUUUGGUGGGCCUUGGAGCAAACAUUCGAACAACCAACUUCAGAGAUGAAAAAGCAUGUGACAUAGCUAAGCGAUACUCAAUGACUGAUUGCAUAGAGUUUCUAGACUGGGCAGAAGGCAAACUGGUUUUGGAAUUGUAUAUUAAUAAUGUCCAGGAAACUAUUACUGAUCUUGAAAAGACACAAGGCAAGCUGUCUAAGCAUGAUAAGACUGCCUAUGUAAAUGCCUGCCGAGCAAAAUCUGAAUGGCUUCUUACGUCUCAGAAUGCUUCCGUAGAGGAAUUUGAGGAACAAAAGAAACAGUUAGAGAUGAUUGUGGAACCAAUCAUUACCAAACUAACAUUAUCUCCUCAGCCCUCAAAAUUAUCCAAACCAUAAUAUCUUCAUAGUUGGAUGAAAACUGCAAUCAAAAUGGAAGAUUUCAGAGUAAUUGGAUUUUUAGUCAAUUUGUGCCACUUUACCUUGACUGGUGUUAUUGUUGCAUUUGUUUCAAGACUUUAAUGCAUUAUUGAUGAGCUGUUUAUUACUACUGUUAAUGUAUUCUCAUAUUAUUCCAUAUAUAGAAACUGAUAAAAGAUACUGAUGCCCGGUUUGGUAUUGUAAUUAAAAGCAUAACAUUUUAAGACAGCUUCUGUAAAAUACAGUUCACCAGUGAUUUAAUACAAUACACUGAUAUCCCCUAGUUUUCAGAAAAAGCAAAGAAGAAAUUAAAUCAGUCUUUUCCCAUUUGAAAACAUACUGAUAUAACAUGGCAAGCCAUGUGUUUUUUUUAUACAUCGGUCAACUAAUUUAUCAUAGUGCUCUUUUGAGUUAUGGAACUCUGCCUUUACUGGAAAAAUGAGGCCAGUAUUUAUUAUCCACCUCUAAUUACCUUUGAGAAGCUGUGGUAAUCCAGUUUCUUCAACUAAUGCAUCCCUUCUGGUUACAGUACUCCAAAUGUUGUUGCAUGGAGAGUGCCAGGAUUUAGAUCUUGCAGCCCAAAGGAAUGCCGAUUAUAUUUCCAAAUCUGGAUUGCAUGUGAUUUGGGGGAAUAGCUGCACAUGCACAAAGAACUGCAGAUGCUGGUUUACACAAAAGGACACAAAACUCAGGAGUAACUCAAUGGGUCAGGCAGUAUCUCUGAUCUGAAGAACAUGGAUAAGUGAUAUUUUGGGUUGGGAUUCUUCUUCAGACUGAUUGUGGGAGGACAGGAAAAAGCUGGAAGCGGGGAGCAGGACAAAGCCAGCCCA